UUAUUUGAUGGUGCACAUUUUCUUAGCGCUUUUAACAGCUCUACAGGAAAUAUAAGGUUUUUUAUUGUCGUAUUUUUACGGUCAUCAAGUUUAUAGCAAUCGCACAAGGAAAUUGUUAUUUAGUCUUAUAUUUUUGAAGAAAUAAGGGAGAAAAAAAUGGCAGAUGUACAUUUAUCCUUCGAUGUGGAUCACCUCGAACAGAUGAAGCGACCACAACUGCAAACGUUGUGCAAGAAGCUUGGAAUCAAAGCCAACAGUAAGACAAGCCAGCUCAUUAGUGAUUUAAAGGAGUACAAAGAGACAUAUCUCGCUCAACAAAACGAAAAGAUAAAAACUCCUGUUGCAAAGCCAAAAGGAAAUGUGCAGAGUCCAACAGCAAGCGAUGGAACAGAGACACAGGAAGAUAGUUUUAAAAAGGAGAUGAUGCAACAUUUGGAGAAUAAAGUCAAGGAAACUUUAAAAGAAAGCAAAAUUCCUCGUUUGAACACGAGAGCUGUUACUUUCACUGUAACUCCAAAAAAUUCUAGAUCCAAGGAGCAUGUGGCAUUUAGAAAAAUGGAUUCUAUUGAUGUAUACUUAGAGAAAAAAAGAAAAAGAACCGAGUCAUUUUAUCAAAAUGCAAAAAAAGCAAAGACAACAGCAACCACUGCUAGAAGUAUCGUUGCUGAAAUGAAAGCCUCACACAAUACUCCUGCAAGAAAGACUCCUGAAAACAAGAAGGCUAAAACUCAUGAUAAAUCUGUUACUAUAGCAGCUAAACCUUUCGUAUUUGGCCACCUUAAAUCUCCAAAGGUAUCAGGAGGUUUUAGCUUUGGCAGUCAGAAACUCAAAACUCCUGUGUCAAGAAUGUCAUUUUCUGUUGCCACAAAAGCAAAGGAAAACAAAACACCUCAUGAUUCAAGGAAAUCAAUUGCAGUUACACCAUUCAGGUUUGGUGCAGAUGCAACAGUCAACAGCACUACAAAAUGCUCUCCUACCUCUGCYAAAAAGAAAUUUGACUUGCAAGCCAGCUUAUCCAAGCCUUUGCGCUAUAAACCUCACAAAGGAAAGCUGUCAGAAUUCAAAUUCUCCACAGUUGAGUCAAAGAUCCCAGUAAGAACCAACAAGGCUUCAGAUUGCAAUGAGAAAAAAGUUGAUAUCAAAAACGUAAAAGUAACUUCAAGGGCUGAAAGAAGACAAAAAGAGAUCAAUAAGAGAACAAACAGGAGAAAGAAUGCAAUGUUUCAAAGAAGAGGACUAGUUAAUUAAUACCUCUUUCAGGAGUUCUUCCAUUCUUUUUACUCAUACACACUCUGACUUAUAAAUAAAAAUUUUUAUUUAAUGUAAAUAUUAUAUUGGUAGCUAUAUAAUAUGUUUCAUAUUCAGUUCUACUACUUUUUGACCAGCAUUUUAUUUUUUAUUCAAGCUGGCCAACAGGUUUUACAAAAACCUAUAAAUAGGAUUGUGUGUUUAAAAUCAUUUAAUCAUCAUAUUAUAAAGAAAAAAACAAAAGUCAAUAGUUACAUGUUUGUUUUAGGUUUCUGUAGUAUUAAUAUCAAUGUUUGCUGCUUCAUAUUUGUUUAAAAAUCAUACGUUUAAAAUUUUGCCAUAUCUUCCCAUAUAAUGGAAAUAAGAUCACUGUAUAGUAAGACCAAAUAGGGAGACUGAACAUGUAGUCUCCUUCGCAGCCUUCAUUAGUUUCGGUCCCAGAUCCUCAUGGGCAAAUUAAGGUCAAUGUCAGGGUUUCCAGAAAAUUGAAGCCAAAUUCAAAGUGGUCAACCCUGUGGAAAGAAAUUUAGGGUUCAAGUGAGCAACCAUUUGUGGGGUACAUUGGAGAGGAUCUGGGAUCAAAACUAAUGACGGCUGCGAAGGAGACUAUACUGAACAUGUAAAUUUAUGUAAUUCAUUAGUAUGUGUUUAUACCAAAAUUAUAAUAGCAGGUUUUGUCAGUCUUAUAUCAAAUAAACAUAUAUUUUUUAAAACUGCAAA